AUGGCAUCAUCCCUUCCGACACCUCAUCCUCCACGUUCCAACGUCCAUGUCAACCCGCCAACCAUUCAGUCGUCGUCGGUCGAUCAGCAAUCACUUGCAUCCUACCUUUCUGCUCCGGAUGUUUGCGAGGUCAAUGACGAAGACAACAACUCUACUAUUUUAACAAAAAGUUUGAGUCGGGCUGAAAGUGUCUACAAGCGACAAAUGUUACGACUGCGUUUGCGUAACAACUGGUUCCUAGACAAGUCAACUGCAACACGGUCAACAUCUGUACAUUCACAGCUUAUGCGAUCACCAUUUCUACAACAAAAUAUUAACAACAACAACAACAAUAAUAAUAAUAAUAAUAAUAGUAGUGAUGUUGAUGAUAAUGUUGGUGCCAAUUUAUUUGGUGCAUUCCAACAGCAGCCUUCGUCAGUUAGCAAGCAGCCGCCGAUGGAGAUCUCAAAAACUUCAUCAUUUCCUGUUUCAUAUAUGACAUCAAGUUUCAGUUGUGAUAUUUUAUCUCUAGCUGAUGUGAAGAUGAACGGCAAUGCAUCUCCAUCUCGCAACCAGCAAGAUCGCUUGGCCGUCAGAACAAGUGAGUCAUCUACAUCGACAUUCGUCUCGUGUAGUGUCACACCUUCCACGACAUCGACAACACCCUGUCCCUCUCCCAAUUUGCGAGAUAAUGGCUCUCCGCUCAACAAAAAUAUUUUACAACAAGACGCUCAACAAACGCUCAACAACUUCUCGUCAUUCGCAACUCAACAUUCUCCCGACAGAACUUACCUGAACACAAAGACAUCUGAUUAUUCAUCCAUGUUUUGUUCGCUCGCUCAAUCCAAACUGCUGUUAUCCACCAGCCCAGAUACAAAACUUUCCAAUGCUAGUAACCUUUGUGGAAACAAGGGGAAAGAUGUAAGUAGUUGGAACAGUAGUGAUGGUGUUGAUGAUAAUUCCAUGUCAGCAUCGCCACAUCAGUCAUCCUCUUUUUCUUACCUUUCAACAAAUCCUUACCCACACAAAAGUGUUCCACAGCCUCUAAAAAAUAUGAUUAUUCCUUCUCUAACAUUCACAGUGGAUCCAACUACGUCAAAUACAACAACAACAAACAACAUCUUUAGAACUUUCAAAUGUUUUCAGGUUGAACAUGUCUAUGGCAUUAAUGAAGAUAAACUUUUGAACAAUGACAAGAAUAUUCUAGAAACCAACACAAAUGAACAUAACGGUCAUAAAGUUGCUGAAAAAGAAAUCACCUCCAACUCUGUAGAAAGAUGCGUUGCUAACACUAAAUUAGAUCAAAAUGUACAGAAAGAAACAUAG